CGAUGGACUCAGCGCGUUGAAGGACAGCAUGUUGCGGCUAUCCCAGGAUGCUUUACCAGAUGGUAGUGGUAUGGACCAGAUACAGCGCAGCACUGACCGACAAGAUGCAAUGCGACAUCUAUCUGCUGAAUUGUUCGCUCUAGACGGUCGCGUCGCACGAGAAAUGCAUCAGAUGCGUGCGGACCAAGAUGUGCUGGCACGGGGGCUGACAGAAUUGGAGGUAUGAUCCCUGCGUCAUUGCAACAAGAUUAAUGUUUACCUCGCUUCAAUCUCAAGUGGAGUAUGUUUUUAGACUAUCUAAGGUUCGCAAGCUAGUCUCGCUUCAAAUAACCGUUCAAGUGACGCUUCCUCUCCCUGAAAUGAAUUUUCACUCGAACAAAAGUUUAUACGACUUAAGUACUUUAAUACAACUAGGUUAACAUCACCCCUCUCACUCUUGCAGGACCAACUCCUGCAACGCUUGAACGACCUUGCGGAGGAGACUGAAAGGAAUUCUAUGCGCCUCGAAGGGAUGGAUAGUACUACUAAUCCACGUGCUGUUGUGAAGGAGGAACGGGAGAAGAGCGCAACAGCCGUCAAAGUAGAGGAGAUGGAGACGGUUUUGAUGGAGCUUCGGGAAAGUAAUAACAAGCGCUCACUCCUACAAGCAGAACAUGAAGAACAGAUGCUGAAGAUGAACACUCUGGCGAACAAAAACGCUGGUGCGCUGGGAGUAGCAGACGAGAAAACAGCAAAGCGAAUGGACAUCUGCGAGAGGAUGAGUCGAGACUGCGAAAGGAAUCUGGAAUCGUUGUUGACGCAUGUGGAGGAGCAUAGUGGAAGAUUUGUGGCCUUGGAACGUUAUGAGGAUAGAUGAGGUGUUUAUUUGUCUAUAGUAAAUUUACUUAGUAAGAAUUGUGUGUUCUAUCACUCCGCCCAGAUCCGGCGGCCAUGAUUUUUUACUCUUGGUAGUUUUUUCUCAUUGGUGCACUCAAUUAUAAUGAUCUCCCACACGAACUGUCUAAUUCUCGAAUCUCUAAUCCCCCAAAGCAGAUGAAACAGCAGAUUUAUGCCAAAAAGUGCUCCAUUCCAUGAGCCAGCAGAUGCGAGAAUUCCAUGGCAAGCUGAAAAAACACGAAUCCGAUGUCCAACAACGACUGUUACUAUCAGAAGCUAGAGGUGACGACGCUUUAUCGAAGGUAGAACAGGUAAUGUUGGGCAAAAGGAAGGAGGAGCAACUAAAUGGUAGUAGUGGUAGGGCUGGCGCAGGAUUGGUCCCUGGUGGCCCCGCAGCAGCGGAGUUACAACUUGCGGUGACAGAGUCGAAUAGGAAACUCGCUCUUCAGUUGGAAGAGAUGCAGAACGAGCAAGAUCGCAGUAGGCGCGACGUGCGUUCACGACUGUUUGAACUGGAGUCGCAGGUUACUCAAUUAGACCAGAAUUCGAGAGCGUCGUUGCUGCAAUUGUCUGAUCUUUGUGAUGCGAGUAUCAAAAGAGCGGUGGAUCGGUUGCGGGAAGAACUACAACAGCAAAGUGCUUCGACGCCUAGUGCUGACAGGAGGAUGACGCCUAGAGCAGUGAAAGACAGGGAAGAUACUUCAGAAAAUCAUACUUCACAAAUGAAUCAACAUCAGAUUAUAUCAACGACUCUAGCUUCUUCUUCUAGCUGUACUUCUGCAACGGCACAGGAGUGUGAAGCCUUACAGAGGGAAAAUAGGGAAUUGAAGCACGAAGUUGGAAACUUGAGGCAGGAGUUGGAGCAGAAGACGAAAUUUGAUGUGGAGAAAUUCGCUGAUCUAGAAUUCCAAUUGAGAAAGCUGCAAGUCGCGCAAGUGGAGAUGAAAAAGGACGAUAAUUCACCUUUAGCGCAGCCGAGGACAUCAGGUAAAGCAGAGACUGCUGUCGAGGCGAUUAAGGAAGGCGGGAAAUUGUCUGCGCGGGUGGGCAGGAUGGAAAAGUAUUUCCAACUGAAUGUUGAAGGAGUAUGUACCAGAGCCCGUUUUUCCUGCCCUCUCCUGUUUUUUCAUCUUGCUGUCAUCUUCAUGUAAAAAAGAACCUCGACUACAUCGAUUCAUCUUGCUGUCAUCUUCAUGUAAAAAAGAACCUCGACUACAUCGAAAUUGUUGAUCCUUCCAUGUUCUCCAACCACAACAGCGCCCUCCGCGAUUUUCAUUCUUCGAUGGCAGAGGCUCGCUUGGCACGCCUGGAAAGUAUGAUAGAUUCCCAGAAAGAAGAUGAUGUUGGAAAAGCAGCAAGGAUUGUUGAGAAUAAGCUGUCACGCCUUGAAAGUCGAGUGGAAAAACGGUUUACUGGUACUAGAUGAUAUGACAUGUGCCUCAUGAGUUCAUUUUUUCGUGCUUUACAACCUCGUCGACAGAAGUGACAUGAACCAUUCGCCACCCCCCGCUCGAUGUACCCUAAGCGUGAUCAAUCGAAGGUCCCAACCAUCACAAAUACAGAGCUCCACGACUCCCUCGACCACAAAGGCCGAGAGAAGACCACAGAAGCAUUGCGGAGUCGACUAGCGCAGUUGGAGACUGAUGGACUGGAGGUCUCGAAGCGAGCUGAAAUCGACAUCCGCAAAAACGUCGAGAAACAGGUCAAAUUAAGGCUCUCACUAAUUCACCUUCCAGCUGCGGCCUUGAAAAGUGUAAGUGAUUACCCACGUCGACUCACACGUUUCGAGGAUGCAGUUGAAAGAUGAAGCACGGAAAGCGCUAAUCAAAGGGCUGCUCGGCACACAAGAUGCUGCUAUUGAGGACCGCAUGCGCCGGUUUGAAGCCGAAGCAAUGGAAAUCAUUCUAGCAGAGAGCGCGAAGAACUUUAGUAGCAUAGACUUACCAUCUGCAGCUGAGGUGGUGAGGAGAGGCGAGAAGCACAGCAAGGAAACGAGUAGUACAGGUGUAGGAGGUGCUUCCGGUCCUUCUUCAACCACUACUACUACGACAACGUCAGCUGUUGCAAUACCAUCUACUCUUAAGGGUUUCCGAAUUACAUCCGUCACUACCAUCCUUGGCUCCUUGUCAAGGGGAAAAUGGGCCAAGGAUGUCCUGAAGAAUGCAACUCGGCAACCUCUAAGACUCUGAGCAGAGUGAACGAUGUUGAUGUAGAAGAAGUUUCGAAGAGAAUUGAACUCCAGAUCCGAGACAAACUGGAACAAACGCUGCGAUUGAAAAUGAAAGAUCUGGAAAGUGACGUUUUGUCGCUGGAAACUCGAUUUGAGGACCUUGUAGUGCGAUUAGCAGCAAUCGAAACACGAAGGUAUCUGCGGGAAGAGGACUCUACUAAGGUGAAGGUGGAGCAGGCGACACAAGUUGAGACAGCAACAGCGGCUGCCGCUUCUGCCGUCGACCUCCAAGGGAGUAGUCUUGCUACACUCUCUCAGAACACGGUGGACCUCCAGACUGAGCAGAUGAAAGUAUUUGUUGAACAACAGCUCCUGUCACAGAGCCAGAUGCUGGAGAAACGCAUGGCGGACUCGCAGGCUAUUGAAGUGAGGAAACUGCACGAAAUACACAGAGGACUGGAGAGCCGCGUGAUGGAGAUGUCAACGGAACAACGGGCUUUGUCACUCGGUUUGUCGCGGGAGCUUCCAGGGGUGAAAGAAAGAUUGACAGCACUUGCACAUCUGGUAAAUGGAGCGAUCAGUCAAGCGACAGCGGCGCAUAAUGUAGCACAUAAGGUGUCGCAUAGUUAAGGCUACUUAGUUUAUUUGCUAUUUCCGUGGAAAGAAUGUUGAGGGCAUCGAUCUGCUUCUCUCGGGUAUUGAUUGUUCUAGCUGAAAGCGAUUGAUGUCGGUCCAAUGUGAAAAGUGUCCCGAUCCAUCGUGCUCUAACGUAACCUGCGCCAGCAGGAACUGCGACUCGCGCAAGAGGAGGAGGAGAGGAAUAACACCCUGGCGGAAACCUCUAGUGGACACACUACAAGUAAAAAUAGCCAACAUCUGGUUCCGGUCACCCCGCGACUUGAAGAGGUAACGGGCACGAUGGAGAAGAAAAUGGCAGUGCUAGAGCGCUCUCUCAAGACCGUAGUAGCCCAAGCGACGCAGGAUAACACAGAGGCGUUCAGAAUUCUGCUGCAAAUGGUCAAAUCUGAGAGGUCGAAGAGUGUGCCGCCUGGUAGUGGGAGGUUUUCCUCUAGAGGAGAGCCUGAAACUAGUAGUCCCGAAGUCGACGCCGUCAUGGAUAUUGGACAAGAGCGUGCGGAAGACGUCAGAGGAAGAAGGAGCACAACGAUUGUACCUGGUGGAGGCAGAUUGAGUUACAUCAAAAACGCUGCUGCGGAAGUGAGAGCAAAUAAGAGGUUCUCAUUCGCUACACCCGUGGCUACUUCGAAUGUGGAGGGUGAUGCGAACGACGACCAGGAUGGAUCAGCAAGGUCUGAAGAUAGAAUAGCGAGUACUACCUCCGCAGUAGCACAACGCUUCUUCCCUAACGCAGCAGGAGCCACGACUGCAGCCGCAAAAGCACGCUCCCGGAGCCUUUCUGCAAACAAAACUAGAGGCAUUUUGAAGACUAGCAGUAGACCGCUAGCGAAUUACACCUUUGGUGGAAGCACGUCGUCAUCUUUGCCAUCUGGUACCAGUGCAGAGGUGUUGGGCCAGCGACAAGAGCCUCAGCCCACAUGGCGGAUGAACCUUGGGGAGACCGAUGUCUUCAACAAAGUAGUCCAUCAACAUGCAAGUUACUACCAGAAUCUAGAAGACAUAAACUCUGCUGUGUACUCUUCAUCGAUGGGUGGCGCGGAGGAGCGGAGAAACUUGAGGUUACGGCUCACAGCACGUCGUCAGUUUGCACUAAAAUACUGCAUCGCUAUCGCGAUAGCAGGUCUGAAGACAACAGAUUGAGUUGUAGUUCCUUGAAAAUGAAACUCUACUUGGCCGAUUCCUAGAUUCUGAUCCGUUAACAGAAUAUGUGAAGUUGAAAUUUUCUAACAACAGAAGAAACACGAAGGCCAGAUGGAUUGCUCGGCGAUCCCGAACGAUCUCAAUCUACAGAAAGGAAAAUCAGUGGGAAUCAGUUACUCGCGUCACUCUCUUCAUCGUCAGCUGCAUACAAGAUCUCAGAAGUAGCACCGCUUCCAUCUUCACAAGAACAAGAGCCUCAAAGAGCCAACAAAAGAGUACACCUUGAGUUUCAGCAAGACGAUGCUGCUCCUAAGGCUCGUGUUGUCGAGCCAGAGAGUGUUCCACUUCAGCGGCCCUUCAACUUCCCCAAAGUAGUAGUUCAGCCUUUUGCUAGCUCUUCCUCUACUACUCCCUUGAAGCCAAAAGUCUCUUCUGGUCCUGCUCUGCUUGCCGCGGAAGCGAUUCAUACCCGCCCACUGGAGCCCGUCGUUGAUACCCGCAGAGUAGCAGGGCUUGAUACGAUAAAUGUUUCCAGCAAAGAACAACUCGGAGAUCAUAUAGACCACAGCGAGACCACUAUUUCUGCUACCUUACAAGACGUUUUCCCGCGACCUGAAGAAACCUCCGAGGCCCCUCUCGAAGAUCACAGCUCUGCAACAACACCCAAAUUUGACAAAAGCACUGGCGCGUAUCGUAUAUUCCCCCUCCCUGGUACUUUGAGCGGCAGUAACAAAUUGCUGCCGGUGAAACCCUCGAAAGUUAUGGCUGAGACAGACGAGUUUUCUUGUGCCGGUAGUGUGAAAUAAGGACACCAAGCUGUGUAGAUCCCCUGUAGAGAAUAAUCUGAGCCGGGUCUCCCGACUACACAACAAAAAACUACACAUUUCCUCAUUCUAAUAGCAACUCUUCGGUAUCGACACAAGUUGGUGAUUCAUGCAGUAACUCCGUGUCCUUCAGUGGCGGAUCGAGUAGCAAGGAAAGCGUCGCAAGAACGAGUGCACCGAUAAAAACGAGUGCCCGAGUCUCGACGGCGGGGGUGAUUUAGGUUUAUGGGGGGAAAAAUUUUUGGAAUACGAGCAGUAUUCUCUAGAAACAAAUCGAUGUAUAAUUACCUGAGUUGGUCGUAUACCCAUGCGGGCGCAAAGAUUGAUUUAGAUUUAAUUGAUACCAACAUUGACUUUCUGCAAUGGGCUACCUAGUAGCUUACGGGCACUGCUAGCCUCUAUGUCACUUGUCAACCUGAUUCAUAUUUUGGGCAUUUCUUGUUUGAAUUUGAAACUAUAAAGGGCAAUCCAGAUCUGAUUAACUUUGUUGAAAGGAAUAAAUUCCACACCAAAUCAGAUUCUUUAAGAAGAUACAGCUGCAAGAACUAGCACAAUAAGUGAUAUUCAAAAUCUUUUGAAUAUUUUGAACGUUUUCUAAUUUCGUUUUUUCUCCUCGGUACUACUUCGCUCCAAUUGGAGUGCAGGAGAGCAAAUUAUGUGAAUUUUAAUUCAAUGGUCUUCCAUGAAUCCUUGGAUUUUGAACUUUGUUUUUCGAAUACUGCAAUACAGGAAAAUGUUCACUCGGUGGUCUUUUUUUCAACCAGCAAGAUGAUUUGGGAGAACAAGCCAGAUCAGUCUAAAGAUCGUGAU